AUCGUCGGGUACUCGAACAAGGACUGGAUCCUGGCCUUCUUGCUGCGUGCCAGCUCGUUCUGCACGCACCUGGCCGGUCUGACAGGGGUCGACUCCGAAAAGCUGUUCCCAGACAACAAACUGGUCCAGCGCAAGAUCACAAAUGUGGAUCUGUCUGGUAUAGUCGCCCGGCACCUCGACUACCUCUAUUCUAUCGACGAUAUCAUGCUUGAAAUGUCGCGUCUACUGUAA